GUCAAAUUUUGUUCAAAUAUAAAAUAGGGAUGUUUAUCAAAUCUUAAUUUCUCGUCUUGGUUCCGGUGUUCAUGUUCAGAUAUUUGAGUACUUGACUUUGGGAUAGUGUAGUCUAUUUAAUUUUACAUUUAUUUUCCUGGUUUGGAUGUACUCGCUUAAAGGAGACGGCAUCAUGGAGCUCAUUGUUGACAAGUUCAACCACUUCACCCGCUUCUAUGGCUGGGCACUCUCUGUCUCAGACAAGCGGGUGGCCGACUGGUUUUUAAUGCAGGGUUACACUCCAACUCUAGUCAUCACAGCCAUCUAUGUGAUUUUUGUCACCAAGAUUGGCCCCGCGUUCAUGAAAGACAGGGAACCGUUCAAACUCAAGUGGCCCAUCGUUAUAUACAACUUCAUAUGUAUCGCCAUAAAUGCUCAUAUCUGUACCUCGUUAUUAUACAACACCACCAUGGUCGGUUACAACUAUUCGUGUCAACCAGUCGACUUCUCAGACAACCCUUUUGAAGUUAAUAUAGCAAAGGCGUUGUGGUGGUUCUACUUCUCUAAGUGUGUGGAGAUGUUGGACACUGUUUUCUUUGUUCUCCGUAAGAAGCAGAACCAAGUCAGCUUCCUGCAUGUGUACCAUCACGCCACCAUGUUCCCCAUCUGGUGGAUGGGUGUCAAAUGGGUCGCCGGUGGACAAUCAUUUUUCGGUGCCAUGAUCAACUCCUUUAUCCAUGUGAUAAUGUACACAUACUAUGGUAUCGCUGCCCUCGGCCCCCAGUACCAGAAAUACCUCUGGUGGAAACGAUACCUCACCAUCAUCCAGCUGAUUCAGUUCAACGUUGGGAUAGCCCAUGCGAUCCAGUCAUUGGUAUUUCAAUGUGAUUUCCCCUUGUGGAUGCAGUAUGCCGUUGUGUUUUACGCAGGAAGCAUACUUGCUCUAUUCCUCAACUUCUAUUUCCAAGCUUACAUUAAGUCUCAAAGAAAUGCUAAGACAAAGGGUAAACAGGAGAAAUUGCAGAAUGGUGAGAAGAAUGGGGUUGCUAACGGCCACAGCGAGCCAAAGAAGGAGAAGUAAGGAGGUCUGCAGACAGUUGAAGCAUUUCUGUAUUCCUGUGUUAGUUUGAGUCUGUCACAGUUCUCAUACAAGUUAUCAUUCCAGGGAAUCAUCUCUUCUGAAAGCAUUUGUUAACAAGUUUUGAUAUUCCUCAUUAAGUAAUUCUCAAUUGUUUUUGUAGAAAUGCAUUACUUCGGUUUAUCAUGUAUUCUACUGCAAUAUCUGAAAAGAAGCAUAAUGUUUUCAACUUAUAAACAGUAUUUUAGAGAGUGUUUAAAGUAGACAAAGUUGUGUGAAAUUGUAGCUCAAUUCUCUGAGACCUGGUUAAGGAUCAGCUUCCAUUAUGCAAUAUUAGGAUAAAUACAUUUUGACUCAGUGUCAUUUAUACAUAUCAAUUUUUGCAUUGUUAUGUUCAUGACUUUUAUUAAGACAAUUAUAUCAUGUUCAUAUUACCAUCCAUUCCAUUUUAACUUAAUUUAGCACCUUUUAGUUAUUUUUGUUUAUUAUUUUCUUAAAUCGUUUCCACUACUAUAUCUGUUAUAUGAAGUGUUGUUUUUGUAAAUGUUAUUGAUAGCUUUUUACUUUAAGUAUAUCAGCAAGUCAAUCAUGUUUCACAGUUUGCAUUUUCUUCACUCUCAUUGUUCUUUAAAACAUUCAAUAUUUAAAAAUAUUUAAAAUGAGAUUAAUUUCUAAGAUAUGCAAGUCCUACUUUCUUCUAAACAAAGGGCAAAGGAAAAGUGCUAGGGUAAGUGGUCACAUAAAGAUUUCAUAAAAUCAACAUUUUCAUGGGAAUUAUUGGCUUUUUGACACAUAUGCCAUCACUAUAAUGUAAACAAUCGUUGUUGGUUAUGUUCUACCAGGAUUGAGGGUAUUCUUGAAAAUACCACUAACAUAUCAACGGUUUACUAGUAGAGAGUUGGACUUUCAUUUUGUUUAUAACCAUGAUUAAUAUGUCUUGGAUAAUACUGACAUGCUUGUCAAAGAAUUGAAGAAGCUUAGAAAUUCUUUUCUUUCAUUGCUGUCAUAUCGGAUUGAACUUUUGAUAUUUUCAAGACUGUAUACAUUGCAGGGAAAAAGAGGACGUUGGUAUAACUAAUAAUGCCUUAUAAAAUAAGUGACAUGCAAACUAUUCAAAAGUAUCCUAUUCAUAGACAUGUACUAGGGGUUUAAUUUACUCAUGUGUUGUAAUUAUCAUGAAGUGCCAUGAGAAAGCUUUUUAGUCCUGACUUACAGUUCAAAUUACAAUGUAUGGUAUUUAUUGAAUAAGAUACCUGUUCAAUGGCAUUAUUUGAACAAUUUUCUGUCUUUCAGUUUGUAUCUUUUGAUACUCCAUUAUAUUUAAAAUCAAUGUUAUAGAUUUAUGUACAGACUAUCAAUACGAUAUUGACCUUGACAAUUUUUAACGUUGUUUAUAAUAUUAUUUGCCUUUCGGUUGAGUCUCUUCUUAUUAUUUAUAUGACUUUUAACUAACAGUCUAUAUUUAUUUUGUGAUACUUUGUCUUAAAGUUGUCUACAGUUGUUUUGAAUAUCCAUGUAAAAAAAAGGAAGAAAUUUAUUUAAUAAAAUUAUUACAAAC